AAAGGGGUUGUGUGGGGGGUCUCACCCACAGGCCUCGCCAGCUGCCGACUGCGCAGGCGUACACCAAAGACCUGCUUCAACAAUGAGGAGGACUGGGCUUUAGCUGGGACCGCAACCCGUAAGGACUACAUUUCCCAGCGGGCAGUGCGUCAACUCCUCCAAACUGAGGUCGGGUGGCCAGCUGGGUGUGCUAAAAUUUGUAGCGUCAGCCGCUUUCACAAUUUAGGCUGUUUGGGAGAUUCAGAGCUUCUUUUUCCUGAGAAUUUAUUUGGCGGUGUUGGCAAAAGUUGUGGCUGAAGAGUGUAGAAUUUAUUUGCGUUCUUGAGACGCCUCAAGGGUCAACUGCAUUCUAGCGAACUUAAAAGAAUCAAGGCGUUCAGUGAGUGCUUUCUGUCAGAUGGUCCAAACACACGAUGGGAUGGAGGCAGGACCAAGACAGGCAGCGCUACAGAAAUGGGCGGAGCCUCCAAACGGUCUCUUGGCGACCAGAUCUGGCAGCCAAACUGCUGAAGCGUGAGCUUGGAGCGCGUUGCCCUCUGGGAAUUGUAGUUUGUUUGGGAGGGCGCCUGGGAACUUGAGACAGUAAUCCCGGAACACGAGGACUACAAUUUCCGAGGUCCACCACAAGGGCCCGUGGGUGGGAAGAGGCCCGGCUGGCUGCGUCUGGGAUUCCGCGCUCCGGGUUGACAGCCGCGGCAGGAAGCGGGUGGGCGCCUGUGGGGCGCUGGGGCCUCUUAUUCUCGGAGAGGAGAACCCUGGACACUACCCCACGCAACUCCCGUCUCUGAGCUCCGAGUGUGUGCAUGGCGAAAUCUUCGGAGAACUCUACCCUGGAGGAGAUUCUGGGGCAGUAUCAACGGAGUCUCCGGGAACGUGCGAAUAGAAGCAUCCACCAAUUGAAAAGUGCCCUGAGAGAAGGUGAUGUCACUAUUGGAGAAGAUGUCCUGGAUCCUUCGUUUGGUACCCACGUAGGAAAUGAGGAUGCUGGGACUGCCUGGCGCGAACUGCAACACAGCCAUGCCGUUAAUCAGCUCAAAGCCUUGUUGCGCCAACAAGCAACAGAGGAAAGUGAGGUAUCUCCAAGAAGACGAAAAAUGUCCCCUUCGAGGUCACCAGAACAUGAGGAAACCAAUAUGCCUACUGUACACAAUCUUGUUGCUAUCAUCAAUGACCAGUCUCAAUACAUUCAUCAUUUAGAGGCAGAAGUCAAGUUCUGCAAGGAGGAACUCUCUGGCAUGAAAAAUCGGGUACAAGUAGUUGUGCUUGAAAACGAGAGGCUCCAACAAGAGCUGAAAUCGCAAAAAGAAGAGGAGGAAACAAUGAGGGAACAAACGCUUCUGGAUGCCUCUGGAAAUGUGCAGAAUUCUUGGAUUACACCAGAUGUAGAUUCUAGGGUAGAUGAAGCUGCCAGAAGAUCACUUUCCCAUGGCAAUGCAAACGUUAUCAACGCUGCAUGUGCUGGUGAGGCUGAAAAAUGGAAGCUAGAACUGGAGAGACUAAAACUUACUUAUGAAGAAAAGAGUGAAAUCCUGGAAUCUCAAUUGAGGUUUUUGAGGAAAGAGUUAGCUGAAUCGCAGAAAGAUUGUGAAGAUCUUAAAGAGCGAUUAAAGCACAAAGAGUCUCUUCUUGCAGCUAAUGUUUCUCACCGUGUUGGUGGUCUUUGUUUGAAGUGUGCUCAGCAUGAAGCUGUUCUUUCUCAAACCCACAGUAAUGUGCACAUACAGACCAUUGAAAGACUGACUAAAGAACGAGAUGACUUGAUGUCUGCACUAGUUUCUGUAAGGAGCAGCUUGACGGACGUGCAGCAAAGAGAAGCGAGUGCUUUUGAGCAGGUGAAACAAGCUGUGCAAAUGACCGAGGAAGCCAAUUUUGAAAAAACCAAGGCUUUAAUCCAGUGCGAACAGUUGAAGAAUGAACUAGAGAGGCAGACAGAACGACUUGAGAAAGAACUUGCAUCUCAGCAAGAAAAAAGGACCUUUGAGAAAGAGAUGAUGAAAAAAGAAAUGACAAAAGAAAGAGAGGACAUGAGAUCAAAGGUGUUGACCCUAUCUCAGAAUAUUGCCCAACUGGAGACCCAGGUGGAAAAGGCUACAAGAGAGAAAAUUUCAGCUGUUAAUCAACUAGAAGAAAUUCAAAACCAGCUUGCUUCCCAGGAAAUGGAUGUCACAAAGGUGUGUGGAGAAAUGCGCUAUCAACUGAAUAAAAUCAAAAUGGAAAAGGAUGAUGCAGAAAAGGAGCACAGAGAGUACAGAACAAAAACAAAAAGGGAUCUUGAAAUUAAAGAUCAGGAAAUCGAGAAAUUGAGAUUAGAAGUGAGUGAAAGCAAGCAGCGCUUGGAACAGGAGCAGCAGAAGGCAACCCAGGCCAGGGAGGAGUGCCUGAAACUGACAGAACUGCUGGGCGAAUCUGAGCACCAACUGCACCUCACCAGCCAGAAGCUCCGUUAUGAUAAUACUAAAAUUGUGUCGUCAGCUCGGAAAAGAAAAAAAUUUAAAGUGAAGAUUAACAUUCCAUUCAAAUUUAUCUUGUGAUGCCUCAGUUUUGUUCACAUAUGGGAAGCAAAUGCACGCACUGUUGGGUGACAUCUGUAAUAUCUAAGAAAUUUGCAAUGUUAAAAUAGAUGCCGUUGGUUGCUUUUGUUGUUUUAAGUCUCUGUUCAUUUCGUGAAGUCCAGUUUGGUUGUUCCAGUUGGAAUAAUGUUCUCUGAAAUACACAUUUGCCUGCCCCGAUCUGCGGGUUAAUUUCUGUUGCUGAGGUUGCCCUGAUUUUCAUUGACUUUCAGUGACCUGCCUUCAGGCGGACACCUGCAAACUACAUAUCAUUUACAAGGGGAACAGUACACAGUGGGGCUAAGAAGGAGGACUUUCUUGUUUUCUCAGGCAUAUGAAAAUUAAACUUUCUCUCUGUGAACUAAAGACGUCUUUGCUCAUCAUCUCUCUGGUCACAUCUUGCAUGUCAUUUACGUGGGCCCUUGUCUGCCACUCUUGUUCUUGAAAAGUUCCUGCGUUGUUACAUGACUGAUAAAAAGAUGUCAGUAGAGGAGAGGCGGUUAUAAAGCAAUCAGCAGGAAAAACAAUGAAAAUGCACCAUUGUUUUUGGAUUUUAAAGAUCUAGUAAUCUCUCCACAAGAACUUCUGCACACUUCUCCCAAAGAUGAAAUAUUCAGAGGCAAUUCAGUGAGCACUGUGUUCAUAUUCCCCAUCUCAGAGCAGCCUGGAUCAAAUAGAUUCCAUCACAUUUGAUUAGGGCAUUCUGAUUUUAGCGAAAAUGUCCGGGAUCCGUGGCAUGCUUUUGUCAGUAAAGAGAAAGAACUGAAAUUCGAUGAGCCGUUACAGAAGAUGGUGAUUUACACCUAUAGUGUUUGUGGAGAUCAACACUCUUGGUCACUUUUUUUAAAGACUGGAUGAGGCUAAAUGUAACGAUUCCUUCGAAGGGGAAAUAGUGAUUUCUUCUAAUAAAGGGGAACUGAUAACCUGUUUUUAAAAAUCAGCUCUAAAAUGUGCUUCUUUCCUUCAACUCAUUAAGAUUUCAUCUAAUAGCUAUUCUAAAGUUUUACAUAUACUUGAUUAGAACAUACUUGCUUUAAUUAUAAUGUAAUGAUUUUGCCAUCUCUUACAUCAUAGUUAGUACCUUUGUAUAGUAAUGCUGCUAGCAUGGUGCCGCUGUUUAAAAUAAUACCAUAAAACUCACUUGAAUUUUGGGGUCCGGGUUGGAAGGUAGUAAAGGAAACUGCAACAAUUAGUGUCAUCAUUUGAUAUUCGUACUGCAAAUUAAAUUGCAGGUUCUUUGUAGGUAGAACUAAUAGCUUUCCAGAAAUGUGAAACUUAGUUGUACUCAGUUUAGCAUCUUACAUCAUAGGGGUCUUCAGUUUGCUUUUUGAAUGAAGGGCUAAAGGGUGGAUUGCUAUUAAAUAGGCAUUCAUGCAGCAUUUACUGAGUGCAUGUUCUAUUCCAGGUACUUGGGGAAUAUUUAGGCACUGUAAAAUUGUUAAAUGAAGAGAGCAUGCGCCUUCUUUACAGGUAUCCUACAACCUAGUGGACAAGGUUUAUGUAACUACAUACUUUGUGCGUGCGUGUAUGCAAAAUCUAGGAAACACUACAGUUAGAGUCAUAAACUUUCUUUACCUCAAGAUCAUCUUAAAAGACUGAAGUGAUGAGGUAAUUACUCAUGAUAAUGACUCAUUAUAAUAUGUGAGAACCGAGAUGCGGAGAACCUCAGUGCUUUGCCCAAGGUCAACAGUCAUUUAGCAGAAGCUGAAAGAAGAGCUUCCAUCUCCUUGCUCUUGGUCUAGUGCUUUCUCCUGCAUUCUAGUGCUUACUCCUUUGUACUCAUGGACAGUAUGACUUGUCUGAAAAAGCUCAUUAAAAUCUGUCUGUAGAAAUCUCCUACAACCUGUUGCCAAAGGGGAAAAUAAUUUUCUUUGUUUCUUUCUUUGGCCACACCCACGGCAGGUGGAAGUUCCCAGGCCAAGGAUCAACUCCUGCCACAGCAAAGACCCACCCAAGCCGCUGCAGUGACAACCCCAGAUCCUUAACCAACAAGAGAACUCUCAAGAGAAAAUAAUUUUCUUUUUGGACUCAGGUCCGUGCUCCCAGUUCUUAAAGCAAGAAAAGCAGAGGUUUAACCUAUAAACAACAAUUACCCUCUCCUCAGAAUACUCCUCCUGGGUGGGAGUGGUGGUAAAGAGAGCUCUCGGGACACACAGUCUCCUCCAUGAGAACACAUUACCCACAUUAACUCAGUCUCCAUGGAACCCUUCCAGGUAGAUUCUGCCAUGAGCCCCGUUUUACAGAUAAGAAAACUGAGGUGUCUAGGUUAAUACUUUGACCAAAGUCACAGCGCCAUCAAGUGGUGGAGUUGGGGUUCAAGCCUCGGCCGUAAGGCAGGCUCCAGAACACAGACUUUGGUUUUCAGUAUUUCCCACAUUUAUGUGACUUAGGGAAACUUUUCUAGUAAAAAAAGAAAGAAAAGAAAAGAAAAGAAAAAAAAAAAAAAAACACCUGAUUCCUCCACAUAGCUCCCAGGAGUCCGGUACUGGGGAAUAUACAAAACAAUCUAAAUUACUUUGUGGUAGGAAAACAGAAUUAUCACAUGGGAAUUAUUUGUCUCCUUAUCUCACCAGUGACUCUGGAACUUCACUCUUUGCCCCACCUCCCGUUUUACUUUGAUUCACGAAGGGAAGAGGGAGGUCAGUAACUCCCCCUUUAGGUGUCGUCGGUGUUCUAACGUGGAAGAAAGAGGGAGCAACAUCUCUGGCCUGUAACUUGAACAUCAGCUAGAGGUGCCAGGGUCACCUUACAGGAAGUUCUUCCGUAUCUCCUGUUCCAACCUUGCCUUUCUAUGUUAACAGUUCUGGAAAAUAAAUUUGACGUUGAAAUAACGAGGCACCUUUCAAAGCUUGGCUCUUAGAGUAAGAUUUUAUAGAAUAAAAUAUUAUAGGCACUUUGGGGCAUCAAUUAUUUUAAACCAUCUUCUGCUAUGAAUCAUCGAUGCAGACUUAAAGAGUGGGACCCCAAGUCAAACUCUGCAGUAGACUUUAUUCUCCUUCAGCUCCUGGCCCACUGCUAUUCCCCCCCUUGUUGUGUGUCCUUUCCUGUAUCCUGAAGAAACACCACAACUCGUGGGCAGUAAUAUCCGGAAGUUGAGAAGUUUAGCACUGGUAAGGUGUUAUUGUUUCUGUAAAUACACUCGAAGGUGCCUAUCAUUUAUAAGUAUUUCAAGUGCUAUUUUCUAGAAAUGACCGUGUUAUGAUAGUGAUUACAACUGUGAUUCUCUUGAGGGUUUACUCUGUGUGGUCCUGGUUUUCCCACUCUCCUUUCCGGAUUCUUGAAUUGUACUUCUUCCAGCAAAUAAAUUCCACCAACGUUUGUAGAGGUUUGAAACCAUCCAGUGGCUUAUUUGUAUUCCAUGAAGAGCAGAUAAUGUUUUGCAAUAAGUGAAAACUACAAAGGCAUCAGAUUAACUCGCCAGGCAGGAGGAUAGUUUAUGAAAUUGGCUGACAGAUUGAUUGACUAACUAAUACUCUUGAUAGACUUUGAAACCAUUCGUUUCUUACUAGAAACAAGUAAUGAAUGAAUGAUAGGAGGCUGAUGGCUGAAGAUUCAGGAAAUAAAUCUGUGGGGGGGGCAGGGAUCUCCUAGAGAAUCUGCUAUUUCCCAUUUAACAAUUACAGAAAGACUAUUAAAUGAUAAAACAUUUUCAAUUAUAUGCACAUUAACUUAUUAGGAGUCUGUAAUCCAUGUACGUAACUGGACAUUUUUCUAUAAUUUGCCAGCUUGGCUGUAUGGAAUAAUUUUUAAUAUGCUUCGUAAUUUAAUUUUAAAUAUGAAUAUGUAUUUGGGGAGCUGCUUCAAACCAAAUCUGAUUUGCCAAAAAAAAAAAAAAAAGAAAAGACUCUGUAUGGUUGCAUUUGUAUAAUAGG